AAGGAGGCCAGGAACAUGGACUCGGAGUCGCUGGACGGUUGCAUUCAGAGUACGUUAUCGGUGCUCUAUCCUCCAUUCGAGGCCACCGCAGCCACCGUGCUGUGCCAAGUGUUUGAUGUGGUGGAGAAGACGUACCGUGGGGAUGGACUGCGCUACCUCAUAGACUUCCUGAUUCCAGCGAAGCACAUCCUGCAGAGCUUGAGGAGGCCGAGCUGUGUUCAGUACUGUGGCUUGCUGUUCCGGCAUGAGGGCUGGCCCCUAUGCAUUCACGAGAAGAUUGUAGUCCAACUAGCUUCCCUCGACUGGCGAAUCUUAAAGCCUGGUGACUUUUACCUGCAGGUGGUUCCCCAUCUGAAGAAGUCCCCACGAGUUGUACUGAAAUGUCUGGCGAAAGACAAGCACAACGUGGAAGAAAUUGUGAUUCCAGAAGUCUCCUAUACCUCUAUUUUUACGCUGGAAUGGUUGAGUACUAUCAAUGGAGAGCGGAUGGGUAUAGCACUAGAAAACUGUUUACUAACCACUAAUGAUAAAAUAUUUCGUGUUCCCUGGGAGAAAGUAGUUAAGCCUGAAUUUAUUAAUAAACCAAAAAUAAUUGAAAAUAAUAUAAUCACUCCAGAAAUUACAGAAGAGCUUUCGGUUUUGUGCCACCCCAUGGACCAUGCUGAGUGCAGCUCACCAGACAUAGGAUCUCAGUAUCUACAGGAGCAAAGUUUGAGUGAAGACAACUUGGUCAUUAGUAGUGCAGCUCCACAAUUAAGCAAAACUGUUGUCAAUGGUGUGUGUACAAGUCCAGUGCCUCAAGAGAACUUGCAAAGUGACCUUGAAGGGGAGUACGUUGAACUUGCAGAAGUUUCCGUGCCCAGGUUUGGGCCACAAACAGGCUCUUUAACCCAGUCACUAGCUUUAAAUUACAGAACUGAGCCUAGAACAAGAGUGAAUGCAUCUAAGGGGCCGGUGUCGGAAGGGGUAGAGACGAGAAAAGAAGCAGUUGACCCUGAUUCAUUGAAGUCAGUGGGGAAAGUCCUCCAGGAAACCUCGGCAGCUGCUACUCCUGUGACGCCCCCAGCUUCUGGGACCGCCUGGGGGGGCCGAUCUAUCCCCACCAUGGCCAAGGAUGUGAACCUAGAAGUGCUCAGGAGUGGAGUUGCCUGCCUGCCUGGUACUAGGGAUAAAUCGGGCCGGGCCGUGGCCAUAAUAACGACGAGGAGCACAGCAUGGCUAAACCCCCACUGCAACACGGACGAGCUCGUGCGCCUCCUGCUCUACCUGCGCAGCAUCCCCAGACCAGAAUGUCAAGCUUUGGGUUUGACCGUCCUUGUGGAUGCUCGGCGCUGUUCCCCAGUUCCUGCUCUCUUCAAAGCAUUCAACAUACUGCAGGAUAUGGACCCUCACUGUAUUCAUGGAGUCUUGCUUCUUGUUGAAAGAGACCUCACUUUUCGGAUGGAGAAGCCAACAGCAGGACAGUUUGAGCUUCUCACCUCCAUGAAAUCCCUCCAUAAGCACAUAGAUACCUCGCAGCUGCCUCCAGAACUGGAUGGGACCUUCCCUUACUGCCACCAGGACUGGUUAAGCUUCCGCAUGAAGCUGGAGCAUUUGCUGCAAGGAUGCCAAGGUGCCUGUGCCUUCCUCCAGGGAGCCAUUUACAAUGUGGAAUCUGGAAGACUCCCGGGAAGGGCUGAGGAGGCAGCCGUUCUGCUGAGGAACUACAGGCAGCUGAUGAAGAACGUCCUCGAAGACACGCGGCUGGUCAAGCUGCAGCUGGAGGGGGGAGCGCUCCUGGCCAGGCUGAGGAAGGAGGAGUCUUGUGUCACCCUCACCCGUGACUACAGGGACGCACUCGAUGCUGCCGGCGUGCUCUAUAAUCAGGUUGAUGAGGGCGUUCACCGACUGGUGAUGUUGUCAAACAGACGCAUCCAGGAGCUGGAGCUGGUGAUGGAGUUCGAGAAAGUAGACGAGUGUUUUAAGGAGGUCAGCAGUUGGAUUGAGAAUGUUGGCAGAAAAGGACUAAAGGAAAUGAUCAACCUGGAUGAUUCUUUGGAGAUGCUGCUUCAAACACAAAAGCAGUUCAGAGAAUUUGAUCUUGUUGCCAGUGAAUAUUGCAAAAGGGGACAGGAAGCGCUGAAGAAGAUGGAUCGAUGGGAAGACUUCUCCUCUGUGGAUGUCCAGGCUUACAAAGUGAAGCUGCAGACCUAUAGAGAGCAGCUGGAGGAGUUCUGCACUCAGCUGGAUGAGAACAGGCACCGGGUCUGUGAGACAGUCAGGCUCUAUGAAUUCUUUGACAAGGCGUACGAGUGGGCCUUGGAAGGGAUGCGCCACCUCGCCUGCAUCAGCAUGGAGGAGUGCGUGUCCCCCGAGCACUGCGGCGAGGUGCUGAAGUGCCUGGAGAGCUACAAGGGGCAGCACCCGCACAUCAGUGACGCCCGCUUCCAGGAGAUGAAGGAGCUGGCCUGCGAGCUGAGGAGCGACAAGGGCCUCAAGCAGUGGAAAUUCGCCUGGUCCAAGUGCCAAGAGACGAAGCUGGUUUUUGAGAAGAAGCUCGAGGCGGCCUUGAGAACGCGCAGGUCUCUGCCCGCGGAGCUGCAGGCCGCCGAGGGGGAGCAGCCCAGCGUGGGUGGCCGGCAACCCCCGGAGGGCACCGCGCCGGGGCCACGCUGGGACAGGACGUCCAGUGCUCCCCACUGCUAUAACAGGCCCAACCGCUCUCCAGGCUGGACUAAGGAGAAAGCUCCCUCACCCUCCCUGAGCUGCCCGGGGGAGGUCAGCGCUGGAGAAGAGUUUGCCUGCCCAGCCACGCUCAGCACAGCUCCGCACGCGAGCAGAGGUUCGUUCAGCAGUGGGGCCUCCAAGUCUCCAAAGCUGCCCGAGGAAAAGCCAAACCUGGAGAGCAUAUUGGAAACCAUGGAGGUGAAACCAUCCCACGUCCCCGCUGCAGCCUCGAGGAAGCCGCCGCCCAAGAGGCUGCUCCGCAAGGCCCAAAGCUUCGACCUUCCCUGCGGCGAGAGCCUGUGGUCAGGCUGCCAGCGGACGCUGAGCGAACCUGCCAGAUAUGGCAACACGGGCGUCUUCAUUAAGGGGCUGGAAGUGAGCAGCACGGAGCUGGUGGACAGGACGUUCGCGCUGCGGCAGCAAGCGGCCCACAGCUGGGCUGCCGGCUGCCUCACGGAGGCCGCGCGGGGUUGCAGCGCCGCCGCCGAAGCCAGGAGCUGGGGCAGCAAACUGCGGCACAUCAUCGACGAGAUGGUGACCACGGAGCGGGAGUACGUGAGGUCGCUGUGCUACAUCAUCGACAGCUACUUCCCUGAGAUGGAGCGCCUUGACCUCCCCCAGGACCUGCGCGGGAAGCGCAGCGUCAUCUUUGGGAACUUGGAGAAGCUCUACGACUUCCACAGUCAGUACUUCCUGCGAGAGCUGGAGAGCUGCUGCAACCACCCACUGCGGGUCAGCCACUGCUUCCUGCGCCACAAAGACCAGUUUGGGAUGUACGCGUUGUAUAGCAAGAACAAGCCGAAAUCGGACUCGCUCCUGGCCAGCCAUGGGAAUACCUUCUUUAAGUUCAAGCAGGUGCAGCUCGGGGAUAAGAUGGACCUGGCCUCCUACCUGCUGAAGCCCAUCCAGCGCAUGAGCAAAUACGCCCUGCUCCUGAAGGACCUCAUCAAGGAGUGCAGCGAGGCGCAGGAGGAGCUGGGCUACCUCCGCGCAGCAGAGGAGAUGGUCAAGUUCCAGCUCCGGCACGGCAACGACCUGCUGGCCAUGGAUGCCAUCCGUGACUGUGAUGUGAACCUGAAGGAGCAGGGGCAGCUGGUACGGCAGGAUGAGUUCACCAUCUGGCUGGGCCGCAAGAAGUGCCAGAGACACGUCUUCCUCUUCGAGGACCUCAUCCUCUUCAGCAAGCCCAAGAAGAUCGAGGGUGGCUUUGAUGUGUACAUCUACAAGCGCUCGUUCAAGACUGCAGACAUCGGCCUCACAGAGAACUCUGGAGACAGUGGGCUGCGCUUCGAGAUCUGGUUCCGAAGGCGGAAGUCCAGCGACACCCACAUCCUCCAGGCCAGCACAGCCGAGACGAAGCAGGCCUGGACCAGCGACAUUGCCAAGAUCCUUUGGCAACAGGCAGCCCGCAAUAAAGAAAUCCGCAUGCAGGAGAUGGUGUCCAUGGGUGUGGGCAACAAGCCAUUCCUGGAUAUCAAGCCGAGCGAGGCAGCUAUCAAUGACCGUGCGAUCGAUUACAUCAUGAAGGGCAGAGGCGCCAGGACCAGGGCCUCAAUCGCAGUGUCUCUGUUUGACCAUUCCAACCCCUACAAGAGGACGCAGGCGCAGCUCUCCGGUGGCAGCACCCCCGCUGCCUACAGCCCUCCCUCCUCGUCCCUGCUGGCGCCCCUCAACCUUCACAUGUAUCUGGACCAGGCUCUGCUGCCGGGUGUCCUGGCCCCCAGCCGCCCCUUUGACUUCGGCACCUGCAUCGAGGAGGAUGAGCUGGAACACGAGACCAGCAGCCAGCCCUCACUGAGUACGCCCAAGUUGCACUCACCACAAUGCCCCUCCUUUCCUUCCCCAGCGACAGAGAGCGGCUCCGACAGCGGCUGCGUCUCCAGCGUCCCCCAGGAGAGCUUCUGUGAAGACACGGGGUCCCCCCCCUACACGCCCCUCAGCUCACAGCACAGCUCAGCCGUGGAGGAGAAGCCCAAAUUCACCAACAGCCAGUACAUUUCUGCAAAAGCAGGCCAGGUCACCAUAAGUCCCUCGACAAUAGUGUGAGCCCCUCUGCACACGUAUUCUGCCUAAGGAAGUGGAGUUGUUGUGUGAUUGCCAUUGCAAACUCCCUGACGACCCCAGGCCUCUGACCAGCAGAAGGAGACGGUCUUCAUCUAUGAAGAUACUUUUAUACGUAAUCAGGCUCUCUUUCAAACAGUCCAAAAACCUGAUCUCUGGCUUAGGGGA